AUGGAAAAUCAAUUAUUUCAAUUAAAGUUCACAUCUAAGCAAUUAGAAAGACAGUCAAAGAAAUCAGAACAGAAUGAGAAAGCACAAAAACUAAAGUUAAAGAAAGCCAUCGAACAGGGAAAUAUGGACGGUGCAAGAAUAUAUGCACAGAACGCUAUUCGUGAGAAGAAUCAAUCACUGAAUUACUUGAGAUUGGCAUCGAGAAUCGAUGCCGUUGCAUCACGUGUAGAGACUGCCAUCAGAAUGAAAUCGGUCACCGGUUCCAUGGCAAACAUUGUAAAGUCAAUGGAGAAAUCGAUGCGUUCGAUGGACCUUGAAAAGAUAACACAUGUAAUGGAUCAAUUCGAGAGACAGUUUGAGGAUCUCGAUGUCCAAUCGGUAUACGUAGAGAACGCAAUGAACCAAACCACCACACUUUCAACACCUGCCGACCAAGUCGAUCUACUGAUUUCACAGGUUGCCGACGAACACGGUCUCAACGUCGGUAUGCAAAUGGGUGCCGUUCCAUCUGAAAAAGUACAACAAGUUGAAACCGAUGAACUUACUGAAAGACUUAACAGAUUAAAACAAAAGAACUAA